CUUUAUUUAAUUUCCACUGGAUAAUUUGUUGUAAUGAAGGUUCUAGACCUUAUCAUUGUAACCAAAAAGACAGAAAGAAAUGGCAGAGACGGAGAGCAGCAAGAAGAACGAGUGUAGCCGAUGGUCUCUCAAAGGCAAAACUGCUCUUGUUACCGGCGGAACGAAAGGAAUCGGGUAUGCCAUAGUAGAGGAACUGGCAACGUUCGGGGCUAGAAUCCAUAUAUGCUCACGAAAUGGAACACAGCUUAAUCAACGUUUAAGCGAAUGGAAGAAAAAGGGUUUCGAUAUCACCGGCACCGCCUGUGAUGUAUCAUCCCGAGAUGAACGAGAAAAGCUAGUGAAUACAAUCUCCUCUCUUUUCAAUCACAAACUCGACAUUCUCAUAAACAACGUGGGAGUAAAUUCAUGGAAGCAAACGGUGGAAUUCAGUGCCCAAGAUUUCUCAACUCUAAUGUCUACAAACUUCGAAGCUGCUUAUCAUCUUUGCCAACUUUCAUAUCCUCUUUUGAAGGCUUCGGAGGCUGGAAACAUUGUGUUCAUCUCUUCGAUUGCUGGUGUUGAGUCGGUAAAUAUAGGUGGAUCCUUGUAUAGUGCGGCCAAAGGUGCAGUGAACCAACUUACAAAGAGUUUAGCAUGUGAAUGGGCAAAAGAUAAUAUAAGAACCAACUCGGUGGCGCCCGGUUUCAUCAAUACCCCUCUCACUGAAGCGGCAUUCAAAGAAGAAGAUUUGGCGAAAGCUAUGGUGUCACGAACACCUUUGGGGCGGACGGGAGAGCCGAAAGAGGUGGCGUCCUUGGUGGCAUACCUAUGUCUACCGGCAGCGUCGUUCAUAACAGGACAGAUUAUUUGUGUUGAUGGAGGGGUGACGGUGAAUAGCUUCUCCUUCUCAAGAACAUGACAAGCCUCAAAUUGUUAUUGUCCUGUAAACUACUUUAAUAUCCGUCUCUGCCAUCUUCAUUUUUAGUUUUUUCUUCAAGCUUCAGGGACCUGGUUUCCCCCUUCGUUGUAAUAAAUUGCUUGCAACUUUCUAUCAGACAUUGGGGUCAUCCAAAUCAUUCAUCAA